CGCAGACUUACUAUUGCUUGGAGGAGAUCUCGAUUGGAUCAAUUGAAAUGUCAUUCCAUCGAGCAUAAAACCACUCAACAACGUUUGCAGCACAAAUGUCAGGACGCAAAUACAUGUUACUCAUACGGUUUUUGAUGGCUACUAUCAUUGCUUGCCUUCGGGCCGCCGGCCAGGGCAAUCUUACCGCGAUGGAUGAAAAAAGCCAGCAAGCAAGCGGGGUACGUAGGUGGGGGUGGUUAGCUAGCUAUCGGGAGCACACAAGGUAGGUAGGGAGGAAAGUUUUCGAUGGCUUCAAUUACCUCUACUGCUCACUAUACGGGCCUCUUGGACCAGAUAAAGUACGGCUCACAUAAUCAUCCCUGGCAAACAUGCGCUUCCAAUACCCCCCUCGAUGGGCAGUCCAACUUGCCUUACGACUCCCUCUCAAGCUUCGUCUACUCUCUUUCGAAGCCGUGGGAAUUAUUACCCUCCUCGUCAUAAUCAACAUUGUCGUAUGGAUAGCUACUGCCUUCGUUCUGCGAGCGAAUUCUUCUCUCGCCUCGUCUGCAAUACUCUCCUACACUCUCGGCCUCCGACAUGCUCUUGAUGCGGACCAUAUCUGCGCCAUUGACACGAUGACACGGCGUUUGGUAGCUACAGGUUCGAAGCCAGUCACGGUGGGAACAUGGUUCUCCCUCGGGCACAGCACUAUAGUCACCAUCACUUGCAUAGUCGUUGCCGCAACGGCUGGCGCGUUGGAAGAGAGAUUCGAGGGCUUCCGAAAUGUGGGUGGAAUAAUUGGGACAAGCGUUAGUGCUGCGGUUUUAUUGCUUCUCGGCAUAGGAAACGCCUGGAUAUUAUACAAGCUGGUACAACGGCUCAGACUCGUUUUAAAAGAGGAUGUGGGCGAAGACAGAGAUGCAAUGGCUCAAGAAGGUGCCGCGGCAGGCCUAGAUCUGCAAGGAGGCGGUCUUAUGGUGAGGUUAUUUAAGAAGGCAUUCAACUUCAUUGACCGGGCAUGGAAGAUGUAUCCUCUUGGGGUGCUCUUUGGCUUAGGAUUCGAUACCAGCAGUGAGAUUGCCGUUCUUGGAAUUGCCUCGGUGCAAGGCGCCAAGGGUACUUCCAUUUGGCUUAUUCUAAUAUUUCCGCUGCUGUUCACAGGUAUUCCAAAACUCCUCCUUGUUUCCCCCUUUUGAGACGCUGACAUGUCGUAGCUGGCAUGUGUCUCAUCGAUACGAUUGACGGUGCUCUGAUGAUGACACUCUAUACUUCCACUUCUCUUGCCCGAGAUCCAAUUGCCAUUCUGUACUUUUCUAUUAUCUUGUCGACUAUUACAGUAAUAGUUGCAUUGGUCAUAGGCAUGAUUCAACUUCUGUCUCUUAUUGCAAACUUUUCAACUGGAUCAUUUUGGGAUGGAGUCAACGCUGUAGGUGAUCACUACCCUGAAGUCGGAGGGGCUAUCUGCGGUGCUUUCGUGGUGUUUGGGGCGCUAUCGGUAGUUCUAUACAAGCCCUGGCGACGAAAGGUUGAUCGUGGUCGUAGCACCAGUCAAAUUGAGGAGUUAGAGCCGCAACCCCAAGAUGUAUCGGAGGAUUCGAAGCAGUGUGCCCGAAGUAUAACAAAGACAAUCGAAUAG